UGCAGAAGGAUGAUGGACUGCUACCGUCCCCCAGGGAACGAGACGCUGCUGAGCUCCCCGGCCUCAAGGGCCACAGGCACCGCCUUCCUGCUUCUGGCAGCACUGCUGGGGCUGCCGGGCAAUGGUUUUGUCAUUUGGAGCUUGGCGUGCUGGCGGCCUGCAAGGGGGCGGCCGCUGGUGGCCACUCUCGUGCUGCACCUGGCGCUGGCCGACGGCGCGGUCCUGCUGCUCACACCAGUUUUUGUGGCCUUCCUGGUGAGGCAGGCAUGGCCGCUGGGCCAGGCAGGCUGCAAGGCCGUGUACUACGUGUGCGCCCUUAGCAUGUACGCCAGCGUCUUGCUCACCAGCCUGCUCAGCCUGCAGCGCUGCCUCGCCGUGACCCGCCCUUUCCUUGCGCCCCGGCUGCGUAGCCCGGCCCUGGCCCGCCACCUGCUGCUUGCCGUCUGGCUGACUGCUCUGUUGCUGGCCGUCCCAGCCGCCGUGUACCGCCACCUCUGGGGGGACAGCCUGUGCCAGCUGUGCCACCCGUCGCGGGUCCACACCGCCAUCCACCUGAGCCUGGAGACUCUGACCGCUUUCGUACUGCCCUUCGGGCUGGUGCUCAGCUGCUACAGCGUGACACUGGCGCGGCUGCGGGGUGCCCGCUGGGGCUCCGGUCGGCACGGCACGCGGGUGGGCCGGCUGGUGAGCGCCAUCGUUCUCGCCUUCGGUUUGUUCUGGGCCCCCUACCACGUGGUCAACGUUGUGCAGGCGGUAGCCGCGCUGGCUCCACCCGAAGGGGCCCUGGCGAAGCUGGGCGGCGCAGGCCAGGCAGCGCGAGCUGGAACUACGGCUUUGGCCUUCUUCAGCUCCAGCAUCAACCCAGUGCUCUACCUGUUCACGGCUGGUGAUCUGCUGCCCCGCGCAGGUCCCAGCUUUCUCACGCGGCUCUUUGAGGGCUCCGGAGAGGCCCGAGGAGGCGGCCGCUCUAGGGAGGGGACCUUGGAGCUCCGAGCUACCCCUCGGCUCAAAGUGGUGGGGCAGGUUCAGGGCAAUGGAGACCCAGGGGGUGGGGUGGCAAAGGAGAGUCAGGAAUGGGACCCUUGA